AUUGUAAACGAGACGUCAACUCUCCGCCGUCAUGCAGAAGCCAAAUUCGCUGGAAAAUACCGUACAUGGGCCAAAGCCAACACCUUCACAUCUAAAUUGCCGGGUGACAUCGCAGCUGAGAAAAAGAAAGCUGCACACGCACAGCAAAUGAUUGACGCGCACUUGACCGAGCGCAAAUUGUCGGAGUUCACCAUCCCUUACACCCACCAGAAUUUUAGAAAAGCUGCAAUUGAGUGGCUUGUCGCCACAGAUCAGCCCAUACAGGCUCUUGAGCACCCUAAGUUCAAAGAAAUGAUAGAUGUCGCCUUCCGUGCUACACAGGGUGUCAAGAUUCCAGGCCGCAAGGCCACACGUGCUGAAAUCAUGCAUAUUUUCAAGAACCCUUUGACCAAACUGAAGAAGAAAUUGAAUGUAUGUAACAUUCUUCACAGUAUCUGCUCUUAUCUGACACAAUUUUAG